AUGGAGAGGUGGGCGCCGGCGCGGGAGAGGCCGAGGCGGCGGCCUGGCCAGCCGUCCUUCUCGUCGACGCUGCUGGACGCCAUCUGCGACUCCUUGGACGAGCAAGCCGGCGGUCAGGCACAUGCAGCAGCGGCGGACCGUGCCGCGGCACCAACGCCUGGCAGCGCCAAGAAGCAGCAGCAGGCGGCCCAGCAUUACUACUACUACUACAAGCCCUCCUUGGCCGCCAGCCACCGGGUGGCGAGCGCGGCGCCGGCGCCCGCGGACGACUGCUCCUCUGGCCGUGGCUACUUCUCGUCGUCCGAGGUCGAGUACUCCCUCCGCCGCCUCCGCCCCAUCCGCACCUCUGGCGGCGUUGUCGGGCCGGCCUCGGUGGCUCCCGCGGAGAAGCAGCAGCCGGCCCCGCCUGGCACGGCGGCGAGGAGGGCGCGGAAGCCGUCCGCCGCCCCCGCCAGCGGCGGCUGCCGCAGCCGCAGGCCGGCCUCUCCCGGCGCGCGGCUCGCCAGCCUGCUCAACGCCAUCUUCUUCGGCAAGCGGCAUUCCGCGCGGCAACACCCGGCUCGGGCGGACGACGAGCCGGCGUGCUCGACGGCGCCAUCCAGCGCGCGCCCCUGCCUCGCCAAGACACCACCGUCGUCGAGGGCGGCGCGGGCGCGGGCGGUCCACAGCCGCCGGAGCAGGACCGUUCGGUUCUUGGACAUCGAAGGCGAGGUGGCUGUGGCCGCGGCAGCGGCUGGCUGCAGGCGAUUCCCGGUGGUCGAAGUGGAGGGCAGCGACGGCGGCGAGGAGAGCAGCGACGCGAGCUCCGACUUGUUCGAGCUGGAGAACUUCGCGGCGCUCGCUCCGGCGAACAGCGGCUCCGGUUACCGUAGAACGUGCGAGGACGAGCUUCCGGUGUACGGGACGACUGGAGCUGGGCUUGCGCACGACAUUGGACUUGUCCGUCGCCGCCCGUUUGGGACUUUGGAAGCUGUGUAUUAG